AUUGGCUCUUCUUUUGUGUCGUCGUCUCCUGAAGAACAACGAAAACAUCUCUCAUUGAGUUCCUUCACUGAAUCGCUCUCUUUCCUUGCUUCUUCGAUUUCCAAAGCUAGAACCGUAGAAAGGAAUCAUGGAUCCAGCUGAAAUGAGAUAUUUGGAAGAAGAGGAUGGUCCGAUGGUGAAGACAAUGAAAGGAAGUGUCACUGGUUUUGGUGUUGGGAUGAUUUACGGAACCAUUUUGGCGACUUGGAAAGAUGUUCCAAGAGUCGAGAGAAAUGUGGCUCUUCCAGGGCUUAUCAGAACAUUGAAGAUGAUGGGAACCCACGGGCUUACUUUUGCUGCCAUUGGAGGUGUUUACAUUGGUGUUGAACAGCUGGUUCAGAACUUUAGGUGCAAGAGGGAUUUUUACAAUGGUGCUAUUGGUGGUUUUGCUGCUGGAGCUUCUGUGCUUGGUUAUAGAGCAAGGAGCAUCCCAACAGCUAUAGCUGCAGGUGCAACUCUAGCUAUUACCUCUGCUUUGAUUGAUUCUGGAGGUCAGACCACAAGAGUAGACACUGGCAGAGAGUACUAUCCUUACACCGUAGAGAAAAGAGCUGAAGCUGAUUCCUGAUUUCUCUUUUGGUGACUGAAAUUAAUAAGAUGUGCAUUCGCUGAUCCCAAGGCUCUUUGAGAUAAUAUCUCUUCCAUGUCCUCUCCUUUUUGUUGAUUGUAUCCGGAUAUGUGAAAUCAUGAAACCUUUUGCUCUUGUUUCCUCAUGUUUUUUUCUGUCUGAAUGUUUCCUACAAUAAAAAAAUCAACUUUGUCUGAAAAUGUAUCAAAGGUUUCAGCUUUCAGUAAUCAGACUUUUGAUUGUUUCUGUUAA